UUCCUUUGGCAUCAUGCCCCGCGUCAUCUAACAACCCAGACCCCCGGGCACCCAUCACGCUCCCGAUCCUGACAUGGCCGGGACCCCAUGUGCCUUCCCGCUGCUGCUGCUGCUGCUCGGGCCGCCUCUCAAAGGACCAGCCCCCGCCCUGGGGUACAACAUCGACACCGUCCACCCGGAGGUGCUGGCCUCCAAUGCCAGUAGGAAUUUUGGGUACCAGGUGCUGCAGUUCAAAGAUGCAAGUAUCAUCGUGGGAGCGCCAGGUGACCAGAACUCCACCGGGGAGCUGUACCAAUGUGCUGUGAAGAAAGGCUCCUGCCAGCCCAUCCCAUUGCCGGCGAGUGCUCAAACGGCACAUCUCGGCAUGUCCCUGGCGAGCAGUGGCGCAGACGCCCAGAUGAUCGCCUGCGGCUCUGGGCUGAGCCGAACGUGUGAUGGGAACCAGUACCUGAGUGGGAUCUGCUACCUCUUCAAGGGACACCUAGAGCAGCCCAAGGAGAUGACACCAGGGUUUGAAGAAUGCCUGAAGGGGAAUGUGGAUCUGGUGUUCCUCUUCGAUGGAUCAGGCAGCAUGAACGCUGAGCAGUUCAAAGCCAUCAAGGACUUCAUGAUCGAAGUGAUGGAGAAGCUGGGAAACUCCACGAUACGUUUUGCCGCAGUGCAGUUUUCCCUGGACGUGAAGACAGAAUUUGACUUUAACGAUUACGAACGAAACCGAAAUCCCCGGGAACUCCUGAAGGAAGUGAUACACAUGAACAAACUGACAGAGACCUUCCAUGCCAUCAACUAUGUUGCAAACAAGGUGUUCACCCCAGAGCGUGGCGCCCGGGAAGAUGUGACGCGAGUGAUGAUCAUUAUCACCGACGGAGAACCCACUGACUCUGGGAAUGUGAACGCUGCCAAAGAGAAGAACAUUGUUCGCUACAUCAUUGGGAUUGGCAAUAACUUUGACGAGUCCCAGGCCUCCUUGACACGGUUCGCCUCAGAGCCCACAAGCCAGUUUGUCAAGGUGCUCGACAGCUUCGAAAAGCUCAAAGGCCUCUUCAGUGAGCUGCAGGCCAAGAUCUACGCCAUCGAAGGUACCUGGUGUGUGGCCUGGAGUGUGGAGGACACAGCUUGGCAGCAUCCCCUGGUGCAUGCACUGGACAUGCACAGCCCCUAG